CAAACAUGGCGUUGAACAAUCAAACCAGAAAAACCCUAGAAACAACGGCUGUUGAUACUACUACUACUCCGCGGAGCCCCGAAGAAAAACCCGAGUCCGUAGCCGAAGAAGAAGAAGAAGAAGAAGUGGAAGAGGAAGAAUUGGAAAAGUUGGAGACUGAAGCGAAAGAAAUGGCUACGAGGAUUCUAGAAUACAGAGCCACUCUUCCAGAUCAGCUCAAAACUACAUUUGCUUCAAUUCUUUCUGCUCAGCGACCCAUUCUACCUGAUUUUCAUUCUGGGUCGGAUCCUGGGCCCGCCGGAGACUCCAAUUUAGGUGUAGGAUGGCAGGUUAAGUCCAGUAAAUCAGCAUUACUGAUGGAAGACGACCAAAAGCAUGCUGAGAAGGUAAAUUUACUGAAAAAUAAAAUCUCCAGCAAUGUAUCUGCUAUGCCUAUUGUACUAAAGAGGAUGAAAGACUGUUUAUUGAAGAUCGACAACUUAGAUUCUAACCAUGGAAUCAUACAUCCAGCUUUUAAAAAGAAGACUAGCUGACCAAGUUUGGUUCACACUCCCUUGACUUUAGUUUUGAUAUUAGUUUGAAAAGAAACGACAAGGGUCUUCUGAUGAUUGACUAAUGUUUUGUACAACGGAUCCGCACAGCCAGCUGUUGAAAGGAAAGACUUCAUUGGCUGAAUAUGUCUCACCAUUCGCGGAUUGGGAUUUUCCGUUGUACUGUAAUUAUUCAAAGCAUCGAGUUUGAUGUGUAUCAUAAUGUGUUGAUAAUUUCCUCAGCACCAAUCACUUAUUCAUAUGAUUAAUAGAAAGAUGCUGUCGCACCGGAUGUAUUUAUUUUGUCUCUCUUGUCUUGUGCUUCUGGUGAAAUACAAUGUAACACAUUAGGAUGAUUGGAGUUGAUACUAUAUGAGCAGAACAUGACAUCUUUCUUUCUUC